CGUCUACCCGCUUUCAGUUCGGGCUGUUGUCGUUCUGAAGUCCCAUUUUCCGCGGGCACUGACCGUUGAUGAGAAUUUUCUUCUCACAUUUUCUCUGUCAAUUCCUGGAAGCGUCCCUUCGUCCUAACUAAAUCUAUGUCUCGUGACACUUGGCUCAUCUGGUUUGAAUUGGAGUCCGCUACAUGAGAGUUCUGGUCUCUGAAUGUAGUAAGCUUUGUGCAGUAGACUGUCUUGGUCUUUGUGACCUCUCCCACCCCCCGGCAGGGUGUUGGGUAGAGUCAGCAUCUGCAUCGUUCACUGCGGAAGCUUGAAAAUCACCUGGGGAAAAUGCACCAGAGAAAAUCCAGUGUCUGCAGGGUCAGCACGGAUUGUUCAGCUGGUCAAAGACCGGAGAAUCUUGAGCAGCGUUGAAUGUGUUACCAGCAACUGCAAUGGCUUCUUUGCAAAGGAAAGGACUACAAGCAAGGGUGCUUAGCUCUGAAGAGGAGGAGAAACUGCAGAGAGACCAAGCUUUGGUGUCUGACUUUAAACAGCAAAAACUGGAAAAAGAGGCUCAGAAGAACUGGGACCUCUUCUACAAAAGAAACAGUACCAAUUUUUUCAAGGACAGACACUGGACCACCAGAGAGUUUGAGGAGCUAAGAUCAUGUAGGGAGUAUGAAGGUCAAAAAUUGACUUUGUUGGAAGCUGGAUGUGGGGUUGGGAACUGUUUAUUCCCACUUUUAGAAGAAGAUUUGAAUAUCUUUGCCUAUGCCUGUGAUUUUUCUCCAAGGGCAGUUGACUACGUUAAGCAAAAUCCUUUAUAUAACACAGAGAGAUGCAAAGUAUUCCAGUGUGACCUCACUAGAGAUGACCUCCUUGACCAUAUCCCACCAGAGUCUGUGGAUGCCGUCACAUUGAUCUUUGUGCUCUCAGCUGUUCACCCUGAGAAGAUGCACCUUGUCCUACUAAAUGUGUACAAGGUAUUAAAACCAGGCAGAAGUGUCUUGUUCCGUGACUAUGGGCUGCAUGACCAUGCCAUGCUUAGGUUUAAAGCUGGAAGCAAACUUGGAGAAAAUUUUUAUGUCAGACAAGAUGGAACCAGAUCCUAUUUUUUUACGGAUGCUCUGGGUCUUGAGGGGUUUGCUCGUUUUGGAAUGCUAAGGCUUGAACCCAGAGCUUCAAGCAUGCUAGAAUUCCUGGCGCAGCUCUUUGUGGACGCAGGUUAUGAAGAAGUGGCGAAUGAAUAUGUGUUUCGAGAAACAGUGAAUAAAAAGGAAGGCCUGUGUGUGCCACGAGUUUUUCUUCAGAGCAAGUUCCGGAAGCCUCCACGGGACCCAGACCCCACCCCUGACUCUGCUUCACUUGGAAGAGAAGCCUUUUAAACUAACAUAGAUUUUUGUAUUCUGAAUUUUUAAAAUUACAUGUGUAAUUUUUGUAUUAAAAACAAGUGGGGACUAGGGAGAUGGCUUAGCAGUUAAAGUGUUAGCUGUGCAAGCCUGAUCACCCAAAUGCGACCCCAGGAAUCUGUCUAGGAAAACAAAGAUGGGGGCUGGAGAGAUGGCUCAGUGGUCAAGAGCAUUGGCUGCUCUUGCAGAUCACCUGGGUUCGAGUCCCAGCACCCACAUGGCAGCUUACAGCCAUCUGUAACUCCAGUCCCAGGGGAUCGAUGGGAAUGGAAUGCCCUGUUCUGGCCUCUUCAGGUGGUACACAAGCAAAACACCCAAAUUUAAAAAAAAAAAAUCCAGGUUUGGCAGUUUGAAUCCAUAAUCCCAGCACUCCUACCUCAAGAGAAGCAGAGUAAGAAUCAUCUGGAAGCUCCAGGACCAGCCAGCCAGGAGUGUGGCAGAGAAGAGACAAGAGACCUGGCCUCAGAAAGGUGGAGGGUGAGAACCGACUCCUGGGACUCUGCCCUCCACAUGUGCACAAAUGGAUAAAUGAACAGAGAGUGUAUGUGUGUGCACAUAGAAAAACGAAAGUGUAAGUCGGUCCUGAAAGUCAAGUUCUGUGGUUUACCUGUGUUGUACAAUUCUCUUUCCACAAAGGAAAGCCAGGAGCCAAGCGUGCAGAUACACAAAACCGGUGUGCAAAUCAAGCAUUUGAUAAUAAAUACAUUAAAGACA